AAUAUAACUACUGUGACGUGACGCUUGUGAGCUCCGUCACCAUUGCCCUGUCGAGGGGAAACAGCGUGCGCGGGGUCGUUCCUCGCGCCUGAGAGGGAAUUUAAAUAUGAAUUUAUUCGUAAUUUUAAGAUUUAUUUUAGCUUUAAUGUAAGAUCCGCGAAUAAAGUGCGGCUGCUGUGCGAGCGUGCGUUAUCUCCUUUGUACAUGAAGAUACAGCCAGAUACCGGAAGGAGAGGGAGCCGUAUAGGAAGAUACCGGAUAUGCCGCAGAAGAUACCGAAGAUACCGCAAGAAAACAAAAGGUCAUGUAAUGAGAUCCCGUACCGUAGCUAUGCUUAAUUCUGCAGGAGAUUAAAUCUGCAUUAUUUCAGAUUAAAAGACGGCAGAACACCCGGACGACGGGGCGGAAGACAACCUCCCAGGCGGCCGACUGGGGAAUAAAGAAGAUUCCGAAAAAGACGAGGAUACGGCCUGGCCAGCCGGUCCCGUCUCCAAGAAUUAGAGAUACCGUCGCCCGUGGGUUCUGGGCCCCUGCAUAAGGGCAACGCCGUUCAACAGCUAUGACUCGGGAGGGGGCGGAGAAUCAACCCCCGUUCAUCCGAAAUUGACGAAAUGCGCGGAAGAUCGGCGCGGGAUCCGAGGACCUCACGGAAGCACUUGAAAUUCGUCACUGUUCGGUGAGCUCGUGCCACGAAUACACGUGUGACGAACCACGAGGAAGCGACCCCGAAGGAAGCCAUAGCCGACGAUCAGUAGAGAUAAAAAAUUAGUUUAGUCUGAGGAAACUCAAAUUAUUUGAAGAUCAAGAUGCCUACCUAUUUUGAAGGUGAUAUUGUCAUUGCGGGCAUUUCAGGCCGCCUGCCUGAAUCGUCAAACAUUGAAGAAUUUAAAGAAAAUUUAAUGAAUGGGACGGACAUGGUCACUGAGGACGAUCGACGUUGGAAACCAGGUCUUUACGGUUUACCCUCUAGAUUUGGCAAACUUAAAGAUCUUCACAGUUUCGACGCCUCUUUCUUCAAGAUAUCUCCUAAACAAGCGCAUAUAAUGGAUCCGCAGAUGCGCAUUAUGCUGGAAGUGACAUUUGAGGCACUGAUUGAUGCUGGUAUCAAUCCUUCUACCUUGAAAAAAUCGCAUACUGGUGUGUUCAUUGGUGUUUAUACUUCGGAUGCGAAUGAUUUUUGGAAAAGAAAACCAGAAAGCCAUGAAUGGUUUCGAAGUAGCAAAGGAAUGAUAGCCAACAGAAUUUCUUACACCUUCGAUUUAAUUGGACCCAGCUUUUUGGUAGAUACACUUUGUUCUUCGUCCUUGACUGCUAUGCAUCAGGCAAUCUUGGCGAUACGCAGUGGCGAAUGCGACGCAGCGAUCGUUGGUGGAUUGAAUCUCGUGCUCGAUCCGGUCAAUAGUCUUCAUUAUCAUCAUAUGAAUAUACUGUCCACAGAUGGCAAAUGUAAAUCAUUCGACAUCUCAGCUGACGGUUACGUGAGAUCCGAAGCAGUGGUCGCAAUAUAUUUGCAGAAAAUGACAGAUGCGCGCAGAGUUUAUGCCACAGUAAUGAACACGGCGAUAAACAUGGACGGCUACAAGCCCGAAGGUAUUAUGCACCCGAGUGGUGACAUGCAGUAUAUGAUGUUGCAGAAAAUGUACAAUGAGGUGAAUAUCGAUCCCAAAAACGUAGUUUACGUGGAAGCGCAUGGUACCGGUACCAAAGCGGGUGAUCUGGGGGAACUCGAUGCCAUCGAUAAGUUGUUUUGCAAAGACAGAAAGACACCGCUGUUAAUCGGUUCGGUUAAAUCAAAUAUGGGACAUGCAGAAGCAGCUAGUGGAUUGAGCGGGAUUGCCAAAGUACUAAUUGCAAUGGAAACCGGUGUGAUUCCGGCAAAUCUGCACUUUGCCGUUCCAAAUCCAAACAUUUGCGCGUUGACCGAAGGACGUAUUCGCGUAAUCGACAAAGCUACGCCAUGGAAUGGCGGCCUUGUGGGUAUCAGUUCAUUUGGUAUUGGUGGUACGAAUUCGCAUGUCAUUCUGCGCAGCAAUUCAAAAGUUAAGGUAUCAUUGGAUCAUGCUGUCGAGACUCGGUUGCCCAAGCUGGUCGCUGUAUCAGGCCGUACAAAAGAAGCUGUACAGAUAAUACUCAACAAAGCAAACGAGCAUCAACAAAACAAUGAGUUUUUAUCUUUACUGUACUCCUUGCACAGUGAUAAUAUAUCAGAACACAACAUUCGUGGCUAUGAGAUACUCGCUUAUGAUAGUACGCGCGAGAUUGUCGAGGCGAAUUAUGACGAGAAACGUCCCGUUUGGUUCAUAUUUUCCGGUAUCAAUAGUCAAUGGCCGGGUAUGGGACGCGAAUUGCUUCAUAUCGAAACGUGUCAGCGUAGUCUACAGCGAUGCGCGGAUGUAUUAAAGGAACACGAUGUUGAUCUAAUGAAUAUCAUCAUUAACGGUACCGAUGAAACAUACGAAAACGUAUUGGUUGCUACUGUGUCAAUCGUGGCCAUUCAAAUCGCUCUCAUCGAUAUGUUAAUUUUUAUGGAUGUGCGACCAGACGGUAUAAUUGGACACUCCCUUGGCGAAAUAAGUUGCUCUUAUGCCGAUGGCGCGUUUACCCUAGAGCAAACGAUUUUGGCAGCCUAUUAUAGAGGAAAGUCGAUCAUAGAAUCCGAUUUGGAACCAGGCGCUAUGGCGGUGGUAAACUUAAAUUGGGAGAAAGUCAAGAAAAUGUCUUUGACCGAUAUAACUCCAGCCUGUCAUAAUUCCGCGGAUUUGGUUACCAUUUCUGGCUCACCCACGUCCGUGAAAAAGUUCGUAGAAGAGUUGAAGAGCAAAAAUAUCUUAAAAGAGAGAUAA